CUAGUGCGCAAAAAAACGGGGGAGAGAAACAGGGAGACGUGGAGAAGCGUGGAGCGCGCGCCGAGUCGAUACACGUCGACUUCACUGUCUCGCUCUCUUACACACACACACACACACACGCGUGCGCGCGGACAGGUAACUCCUCCGUACCGACACAUUCACCUCUCCAGGGCGCAGAACAGAAAUAUGACCACGCGUCACCAUCGGUCCGGAUUAACGCGCGUGUAAGCGUCGCUCUCUUUCCAAAUAAAAAAAAAGAAAGAAAGCUGCAAAUCUGUCCAUCCUCGUGGUUAUAUGAUGGGGUCCAUCAUGGCGUCUGCGUCUUAACUGGUGUGGAACGCGGAUACUGGGUUGGAUCUAUGUUCCUCGGAGACGACGGAAAGGCCGAAGGGAAAUUAGCGGAAGUUUGAGAUCGGAAAAGGGGGGGAACAGGAGGAUGAGGGCUGCGUGCUGGUGCGCCGUCGUUCUCCUCACACCGGCGCUGUGUCUGGUUUCAAGCGUUCAUGGUUCCAUCCCGGGAAAGUCGGAGCUACUAAAGUCAGGGAGCCCCAAAUCGACAUUAAAGCACAUAUGGACAGAAGGUACCAAGGACUUGUCCAUUAGCCGUCUGCUGUCACAGACUCUGAAUGGGAAGGAGAACGCCACAGCCCUGGAUCUUCGCUACGACACUCCGGAGCCCUACUCAGAAUGGGACUUAUGGGACUGGCUGAGGAAUGCCACAGAGCUUCAGGACUCGAGGCCCAGGGCCAAACGGCGGCCCAUGGUCAAGACAGGAAAAUUCAAGAAGAUGUUUGGCUGGGGAGAUUUUCAUUCCAACAUCAAAACAGUAAAGCUCAACCUUCUCAUCACCGGCAAGAUUGUCGAUCACGGCAACGGUACCUUCAGCGUUUAUUUCCGCCACAACUCAACAGGCCAGGGCAACGUUUCAGUCAGUCUAGUGCCGCCGACCAAGAUCGUCGAGUUUGACGUGACUGCUCAGCAGUCGGUCAUUGACGCCAAGGACUCCAAGUCCUUCAACUGCCGCAUCGAGUACGAGAAAGUUGAGAAGGGCUCCAAGAACACGCUGUGCAACUACGACCCAUCCAAGACGUGCUUCCAGGAGCAGACGCAGAGCCAUGUCUCCUGGCUCUGCUCGAAACCCUUCAAAGUCAUCUGCAUCUACAUCUCCUUCUACAGCACCGACUACAAGCUGGUGCAGAAAGUCUGCCCGGACUAUAAUUACCACAGCGACACUCCCUACUUCCCCUCGGGCUGAUAGAUACCACUGAUGCGAAGGACACAGGCAAAGAUAGGACUCUCUCUUCAAACCUCAACAAAUGUGUUUUAUGUACCUUCCAAACAUGUGACCCAGAACUAAUUCAAUAUUUCAGAUGUGUUUUGUGUACCUUCCAAACAUGUGACCCAGAACUAAUUCAAUAUUUUAAAUGGAUUUAAUUUUAUUUUUAUUUUUUGAUGUGUCUGGCACUUAAUUUAGACUUUUCUUAAAGUAACGGUUACUGUUUUAGUUUCAUCCAUGAACUGUUAAAUAGAUUACUACGUCUGAUCACAAUCGUAGGGGUAGAAAAUUUCCCCAACUAUUUUCCAGUUGUGUUUAUUUAUUUAUUGGUUUAUUCAUUUAUUUAUUCAUCAAACGAUUUCCAUAAACUCAAACUCAAAAAAACUCAAAAUGUUCACUUCUUGAGUAACUCAAAUGCAACAAAAAUACUUGAUUUGAUAUUCUAUUUCCUUGUCCCCCUGACAUGUGGAUGAUAAGAUGGCAUAUUUGACCAACAGUUUGCCAGAACAGAAACAUGAAGUUUCUCUUAAUACAGAGUCAAAAAGAAAGUUCUUGAGAAUCCCAUCGCUUUGGUGAAUACUAUCUCGAGAUCUAAGAAUGACCCCGAGACCUGUUGGACGGUUUAUGGACAAACUAAUGGCUUUUGUUUGCGAUGCCUUGACUCUGGGCAUGUUUUUUACGUUCGAAUAAAAGAAGCAGAACAAUGUGAGAGCCCAAUGUGAAAACCUCAGCCUUUUGUCCUAUUACUGUAAUAAUUCUGGAUGAUUCAGCCCCACAAUUGUCUGCUGUAGUGUCAGUUACGAUCCAGCCACGGUUGGACAGCUCACUCAUUGCCAUUAUACUACACAGUAAUGUAUUGAAUUCUAUAUCUUAGAGCUUAAUUUGUAUGAAUGGUUUGUAUUGUACAUAGUCAAUCCCGAUGGAGCCGCUUCUGUAUAUGCUCUCAUAUACUAUCUGGCAAUCCUCCUCCCUUCAUCCCCCCCCCUUCCCAUUUCUCUCUAUGCCACGUCCCAUAUCUGUUCUUGGUUUUCUUGGGCGAAGAAAAUGAUGUUGCUGAUAUAGAUGUAAAUUUUAUGCUCUUGUACAGCGGCUGUAAAAGCUGUCUAAAAAUAUAUAUAAAUAUAUAUAUAUAUAUAUAUAUAUAUAUAAGUACUUACCAUCUGUAUGAUCAUGGUUACUUUCAGGGCAAACUGGUGGUGAGGGGUGAAGAUGUGUAUAUAUAUAUAUGAAUAAAAUACUGAAAGUUU